AUGUUGACCAUCACGCUCUUAGCCCUUCUUUGUGCCUCAGUCUCUGCCAAUGCCAUUCAGGCUCGGUCUUCCUCCUACAAUGGUGAGUAUGGAGGCGGUGGAGGAGAGCGAUUCUCCCAUUCUGGCAACCAGCUGGACGGCCCCAUCACUGCCCUUCGAGUCCGCGUCAACAGAUACUAUAUUGUAGGCCUCCAGGUGCGCUACGGCAAGGUGUGGAGCGACUAUGUGGGUGGCUCCUCGGGGGACCUGGAGGAGAUCUUCCUGCACCCUGGGGAGUCGGUGAUCCAGGUGUCCGGCAAGUACAAGUACUACCUGAGGAAGCUGGUCUUCGUAACUGACAAGGGCCGCUACCUGCCCUUCGGCAAAGACACAGGCACAAGUUUCAACGCGGUUCCCCUGUACCCCAACACCGUGCUGCGCUUUAUCAGCGGUCGGUCUGGCUCCCUCAUCAACGCCAUCGGCCUCCACUGGGACGUCUACCCCAGUGACUGCAGCAGCUGCUGA